AUGGUGACGAUUUCCAACCUCUUGCCAUGGCUUCUGGUUGUUAUAGCCGUUUUCUGGAGCUGGCAGCUAAAUGUUUUGGCCCUGCCAAAGGUCGAACCCCAUCAUGAAACCUGCAACAAUGAGCAGCGAUACGAAAACCAGGUGAUGUGCGAAGGCAAGGCUUUCGGGGCUUUGGUUCCGUAUCCUGAUAAUUGUAGCCUGUUCCUGGUCUGCGAUUGUCUAUAUCCAACGGUGAAGUUGUGCCCAGCUGAUCUUUGGUGGGAUAACAAGACGCAGCUUUGUAAUUAUCCCCAAGCUGUGGAGUGUAUUUUCUAUUCGAUUGACACCCCAGAGCCCACAGAUGGAACUACACGAAUAACUCAGCCACCAACUUCCAGUACUGCAAAGAUAACAACCGAGCCAAUAGAAGGAACUACCACUACUGAAAAGAUAACCACUGAAAGUACAGAAACUUCGUCAACGCCUUCAAGUUAUUCGCCCACUUCCAGUUGGGAUCCUCCACCUCUACCACCUGGAAUUCCAGAGGAUUACUGUCGCAACUACAAGGAUGGCUGGCUCCUUUCGUAUCCCUACGAUUGUCAGGCCUAUAUCAACUGUACUCAUGGCUGGCCAGUGCUAGAAUAUUGUAUUAAAGACAAGCUCUUUAAUGAGCUCCUGGGUAUUUGCGAUACUCCCGAUGAAGUGGAUUGCGAUGAGAGGCCCCUGCCCACGACCACAACUCAAAUUCCGCUCACUUCGACCACCGAGUGGGAUGGGGUUUGCGGUCCAACUCCCGAGGGUGUAGACGAGGACUAUUGCACGCCCAAAGGAAAUGGUUUCUAUGAAUAUCCGUACAAUUGCAGUGGCUACUUGGCCUGCAAUAAUGGUUGCACCGACUUGUAUUACUGUCAGCCCGAUAAGCUAUUCAAUAAUUGGCUGCACAUUUGCGAUACUCCCGAUUCCGUUUGGUGUGAUCCCUCGCCAUAUCCUACCAGUCCGGGAACUACAGGGAAACCAACCACUUCUUCAAUAACAACACCGCCUUCAACAACUCCUUCACCUUCAACUCUUCCUUCCACAACUGAAAGUUCCACCACAGCAGAGAUUCCAACCACUACACCUGGACUUCCCUCAGAUGUCGAUCCAAAUAUCUGCGAUGGUAAACAAGAUGGCACUAUUUUCGCUUACAUUGGAAAUUGUUCCGAGUACCUCCUUUGUAAGGACAACAAAGUGGAAAUGGGUCAAUGUCCCCCUUCUACGCUCUUCAAUCCGGAUUGGCUGGUUUGCGAUGAUCCUAAGGAUGUUGUUUGCCUUGGAGAUCGCACCACCACUCCCAUUCCAACUACUAAACCCACAACAACCACUGAGAAAACCACUACAACAACGACGACAACCACACCAGCCACCACUUUGGGACCCGAUCAGUUUUGCGAGGGUCAAGAGGUGGGAGCUUCGUUUCCGUAUACAGAAGAUUGCAGCCAAUAUUAUCUCUGCUUGGGAAAUGGAAAGUGGGCUCUGGCACCCUGCAUAUAUGGUAGUUACUUUGAUCCUACGACAGGUCAGUGUGGACCUAAUGUGUCAGAGGAUGCUUGUAAGGCUUCACAAGUCACCUCCACAACCUUAACCACUACAGAAACCACAACAACCGAAAGAAUUACCACCCCCAAGCCCACAACUCAGGAACCCUCAACCACACCAAAGACAUCAACUGUUUCUCCAACCACUGGAAUUUGCGGUGGUCGAAAUGAGAACGAGAAUAUCGCUUAUCCCAACAAGUGCAACAAGUAUAUUGUGUGCGUUUCACCAAUUCCCAUAGCCUUCUUCUGUCCCGAAGAUACGUUCUUCAGCUCAAAGUUACAGAAGUGCAUCGAGAGUUGGGAGGAGAGUGAUUGCGAGGGAGAACAGAGCACUACGACUUUGGAACCAGGAUAUACCAAACCGCCUCCGGAACCCACAAUGUGCACAAAUAGCAGUAGGGAUACUUUCCCAUAUCCGGAUAAUUGUCAGUGGUUCAUACGUUGUGUGGAUGAUUAUAUUUACAUGACUGAUGUCUGUAAUUGUGGGGACUACUACGAUCCAAUAACUGAAAAGUGUGGAGCGGAUGUUCCAUCAGAUGCGUGCCGAUGGGAUUACUCCUCAACCACAUCUACCACAACUGAACCGACCACAACCACAGCGGUUACACGACCACCACCACAGAAGGGACCCUGUGACGAUGUUGAUGAUGGUGCCCUAGUCGCAUAUCCUAACGAUUGUUCAAAAUACAUAAAGUGCGAUAGACCCAUUGCGGUGGCCUACGAAUGCGAUGAGGGUGAUGAAUUCAGCGUGGAGCUAGAAAAGUGUGUGGAUGCUUCGUUGGCUAACUGUUCGAUUAAAACCACUGUUAAGCCAUCGGAUUCAACGACGACUUCAAAUGGAGGGGAAACAUCAUCAUCCACAACUGAACCUACAACGGAAUCUUCUACUAUUUCAACGACAGAGUCAUCAACAGAAUCAACAACAACAACGACUGAAUUAACAACAACAUCAACAGAAUCAACAACAGAGUCAUCCACAGAAUCUACUACUACAUCGAAAUUAACAUCAGGAUCAACAGAAUCAACUACAGAAUCAUCAACAGAAUCAACAACAACAUCAACAGAAUCAACCACAGAAUCAACAACAGAGUCAUCAACAGAAUCAACAACGGCACCAACAUCUUCUACUACAGCCAAACCUUCUGCGGGAAUCUGUGAGGGCAAGACGGACGACUCUUUGGUACCCUAUCCGAAAAACUGCAGCAAGUUCAUAAAGUGUCAAUACCCGAUACCCGUUGGCUAUGAUUGUGCCAAUGGUUUGGAGUUCAGUCCGACGGAACUGAUUUGCAUGGAUCCAGAACUAGCCGGUUGUAGUCCGAAAAUAACCACUCCUGGGCUGACAACUGUGACCACAGAAACUUCGACUAUUACAACUGAAUCAACAACACCAACGACAACAACACUUUCAACAACGCCAAUGACAACCACCACAGAAUCGACAACAGUUUCAACAACACCAAAGACAACCACCACAGAAUCAACAACGACUUCAACAACACCUAUAACAACCACUACAGAAUCAACAACAUCUUCAACAACACCAAUGACAACCACCACAGAAUCAACAACAGCUUCAACAACACCACUUACAACCACUACAGAAUCAACAACGGCUUCAACAACACCAAUGACAACUACCACAGAAUCCACAACGAUUUCAACAACAACUACAGAAUCAACAACAGAUUCAACAACAACUCCUAUUCCACCCCCCACAACUCUGGAUCCGUACACCCCGAACAUUUGCUGUGGGCGACCUCUUGGAACUAUUCUUGCCUAUCCCAAUGACUGUAGUCGUUAUGUCGUUUGUGAUUAUCCCAUUCCAUAUGCGGUGCUUUGCGAAGAGGGAACGGUCUUCGAUGACAGGCUUCUUGGGUGCUCAGCUGUGCCCAAUGAGAGGUGUCUAUAUGUGGAUUAUUAA